AUUGUUCAGUUUCUCAACUUCCUUGUUUAUGAGAAGGAGUCGGAAAUAAGAGAGCUCACAUUAUUAUUACUUUAUCACAAUCGAGAUGAAAAGUCUCAAGGAUUUAUUCCCUAUUUUCCUAUCUUUAGCUCUCGUGCUUAGUUUCAGUGUCCGUCCGUUAAAUGGAGAAAGUUCCAAGUCCUCGAAAAGAUACCGUUCCAAACAAGUGUCAAAGUUAGGUGUUAAUUCCUUCAGUCCCAUGGAAAAUCACACUACGACAGACGACCAUCAGAUUUAUCCCUCGCCCACAAUUUCCUCUUCGAGAGCAAUGCCAGUUUCUGGUCUUGCCAGCGACUUUGACACGGAGAGGGAGGAGGAACUUUUGCAACCCUUCAACCCCGACUACAACCAGUGGGGUAACCACCGCCUGAUCUCGUCAUCGGGAUCAAGUUCCUCUGGAGGAGCGUCUCAAAAACAGAGUUCCUCUCAAAAAGACAAUUCAGGUAGUUCAUCCUCCUCCUCCUCUUCUUCUUCAUAUCCACAUCCCCCAAUCUCUCAACGAUAUACUGCCCAAUCAGCCGAAAAGUUUGAAAAGUAUAUCAACCACCACAACAACAACUUUGGUCUAGGGUCAGCCACUUCUGGACAGCAAAUCUAUACCAGUUAUCCACUCGGUGCCGGUGGGAGCAGUUACCACGCAGGAAAUCCUCUUCUGGACUCGUACCCAUUUUACGAGAGGGAACGCGCCGCUCGAGAUCUUUUACUGAACGCGGCCACAGUUAGCAAGUUAAAUGCGUUGAAUAGUUUGGGCGUUGGGGUCAAUCCUGCCAUCGCAGCGGCUGCUGCAAGUUCAAUCCUAGGAAAUGCUGUAGCCCCACCCGUAGAUUUUGAUGGGUACGGUGAUGCACUGGCUUUAGCGUCUGGUCACGGUGGGCACGGUGGCGGUGGGUGGGGAUGGGGCUGGAAGGAACCUGAGCAUCACGGUCAUGGUCAUGACCACGGACACCACGACCACGGUUACAACAGUCAUGUCAACACCAACGCCAUUGGCCUGCUUGGACUCUUGGGCCUACUUUCCCUCUUGUCAAACGUGAUUCUUUUACUGACCACGACGACAACCACGGCGGCUGGACGGAGGAAAAGGUCAUUAGAACCUUCGCCCUUUGAACUACAAGAAGAAUCUGAAGAGGCCAAACGACAACGAAUUUUCUACGAAGUCCUUCCAUACUUGAGUCCCGUUGCCCACGCGAGAAAUGGACUCAUCCCCUCGGAAUGCACACUAACAGGCGUGUGCCUGGUGAAUAAAGUCAUUGUGAAAGAGUACGGUCUUACUGGUCGGCCUGCUGGAAAUCGGGUCACCGCAGCGAUUGCUAGAUUACUUGGAGAAGUUGAUACGUCAGAAGGUCAAAGCAAAAAGAUUGAAAUGGCUGGACUUCAUGGCAGGAAUCAACGUAAUUGUCAAAAGGUUUAUCCCGUGUGCAGCUCCCUUCAAACCGACGGACCUCAUACAGUGCCCUUCAAAAUCCGUAUGGAACAAGUUCCACUACUUUUCGAGCAACUUAAAAAGAAAACAUCUUACUCUCCCAUGAAUCUCUAAUAUUUUAUUAUCCAUUGUGAUCUGUUAAACUUGCCUGUGUAGUAAUUUAUUUGUAGUAACAAGACAUAUUUUGCAGGUAAUUUAACCACGAGUAAUAAAGAUCCUCCUCCUCCCUCUCGGGGAAUAGAAAUAAUA